AUCGUCUUCCCAGACUCGACAUGCGUGGCCGAGCGCCGACUGAGCGACUGGUCUUUUAUUAAUGGAUUUCCAAAUGAAUAUUGGCGAACGGGUAUACUACAGUACUGGAACAUAGAACGGAAGCCAAAAGGCGAGGAAAUGGGCAUACCUCUUUUCCGAUUCUCCCAUCUCCGCCGCUUAUUACUACCGCGAACCCCCAUUAUGCGCUUUUACCAGACGAGACUAGUCUCUCAGCAGGAGAGCCGUCUCGAAGACGCCGGACCUCUGGCCUGUCACCUCGCUUCGCGUUCUGUGAUCCGAUUCAGAGGCCCUGACACCAUCAAAUUCUUACAAGGCCUCCUAACUAAUGACAUCCGCCCCCUCGUCGACAUCGGCCGAGGCGGCGAUUGGAACACAUCCUUUUCUUCCUCUUCAGCCUCGUACUUGACGGCGCCUAAUUCGCCCUUUCAGUCUCCGUCGCCGAGGUACGCGGCACUGCUCACUCCUCAGGGGCGGUUCCUUUAUGAUCUUUUCCUUUACCGGCCGCCACUACCGGAGCAGAAGCUCAAUCAGAGUGGGACUGGUCCGGGACCGCGGGAACAAGAGGAGGCCUUUACUUUGCAUGCGGAUGUGGAUGCUUCCAUCUUGGAUGAGAUAUUGGUUUGCUUCAGAAAAUAUAAGUUAAGGUCCAAAGUUGAUAUUGAGAAUGUGAGUGAAGAGUUCUCUUGUUGGCAACGGUUUGGAGGAAAACUUUCUGAAAAUGAACAAAUUCAGGAGACAGAGGCAGCUGCAGUUGGAUGGGGAGGUAAUGUUGAUCAAUCUAGCAUGUCGUCUAUUCACGGAAGUGAGGAGGGUUGGCAAUGGCACAGAGAUCCUAGGCUGGAAUGUUUAGGUUUUCGAGGAAUUUUUCCAUCCAAUAUAAUUCCGCCACUUGUUGAGGCUGACAAGGAGGCUGAUGAACAACAUUUCCUUUUAUGGAGAAUUGAGAGAGGAGUUCCUGAAGGAUCAACUGAAAUUCCAAAAUGUGAGGCUAUUCCUCUUGAAUACAAUCUGGAAGGGUUGAAUGCCAUCUCCUUUGACAAGGGAUGUUACGUUGGACAAGAGCUUGUUGCUCGAACACAUCAUCGCGGUGUCAUACGAAAACGCUUACUUCCAUUGAUAUUCACCGAUGACUUCGGAAAAGAAUUAGCUCAAGAGGUUUCUCCAGGCUCUGAAGUAGUAGAUAAAGAUUCUAAAAAGAAGGUUGGGACUGUGAAUACUGCCCUUGGAAGCCGAGGAAUGGGAUUACUGAAAUUAGAAGCAGCUUUAAAGCAGCCAUCAACGCUGGCUAUAAAAGACAAAACUGAUGUGAGGGUAAAGGCUUUUAGACCUGAAUGGUGGCCUUCAGAAUGGACGCAGUUGCAGGAAUUGCAGAGUGUGGCAGAUUAAGGCUUCAUUUGGGAUGAUUUUUUUAUGCUGCUUAAAGCAGCUUUCGAGUACAAAAAUUUUAACUUUUGUACUAAAAAGCUUGUUUUAAGAAGCAGUAAAAAAGCCGUCCCAAAUGAAGCCUAAGAUGGUUGAUCUUUCAUCAGGAAAUUAGUAUGGAGUCGAAUCCUCUCUUUUAGCUUCCUGGAUUGCUUGCCAAGCAAAGUUUUUGAUAGAUGAAGAUUUCUAGCAUUAUGGCUGCUGACUAGCGUCACAGGGUAUCAGGCUUGGCUAAUUGUACAAGCCUUAAUGACUCGCUCGCAGAAGCAAAUACCUCAAGGUUAGUUUCUUUCCCGUUGAAGUGAUUAUUUGGUUGUUAAAUUUGUUAUAACCUUCGUUGUUAAAAAUGCUAAAUAUUUCUUUUUUGUAAUAAUGGGAAUCAGGAUGAUCUGUUUUAGAAACAUUUACUAUGUUAGAACCGAUUGAGGGUCUUUCAAUCUUUUCCCUUCUGCAAUUGGAUGAACAAUUGCAGUUUUGAAUGUUCUUAGUUCUAUAUUUUCUAAUA